CCUCCUAAGGAAUGCAGAAUGCUACAUAUAUAAUUGCAAAGAGUAAACAGAUUACAGAGGGAAAAAUGAGAAUGAGCGCUUCAGGACUACUGCUUUUCCUUUUGUGUGCCAUGCUCACGCACCUUGUAAAGCUCGCCUUCGCGCAGCGAGAUCCCUACGUGCUCCAUUAUUGUUCCAAUACUGGUAAUGUUAGCAGUAACAGUGCCUACAGAAAAAACGUCAAUACCCUCCUUUCCUCCCUCUCUUCUAACAGCCAAAUCGAUUUUGGGUUCUACAAUUUCUCCACAGGAGAAAACUCCGACAGAGUUAACGCAAUUGCACUUUGUAAAGCAGACCUAACGCCGACCAACUGCCGGAGUUGUGUCAAUAUGUCUGCUCUCGAGCUCUUACUUCUGUGUCCAAACCAGAAGGAGGGUAUCAUGUGGUACAUGAAUUGUACAGUACGAUACUCGAACAACUCUAUAUUUGGUGUCAUGCAGUUUAAACCUGUGCGACAUCUUUACAACUCUGUAAAUGUCACGGACCCGAUUGGCACGUUCAACAAGGUGCGAGAGACGUUGCUGGAUAGACUGAGAAGUGAGGCUGCAGCUAGCACUUCGACUCUUCGCAAGUUUGCAACUGGAAAAACGAGCUCCCCAUACUACAAUAUAUAUGCUCUUUUGCAGUGCACUCCCGAUUUGAAUCAGCAGGAAUGCAGCGAUUGCCUAAAUCAGAGCAUCGCAGAAGUUCCAACUUGUUGCGGUCCAGCGCUAGGAGUGAGAGUUCUUACACCCAGCUGCAACUUAAGGUAUGAGAGCAACCAUUUCUAUGGUUCCACUCUCGAGGCGUCGCCGCCAUCGUCAAGUACUCUUCCUCUGCCUGCAGAAGGAAAGGGGAGUAACUCUUCUCGAACUAUCAUUAUAGUCGUGGCGGCUGUUGUUUCUGCGGUGUUAAUCGUUUGCAUCUGCACCUGUAUCUAUUUAAGGAUGAGAAAGCAAAGGAAGAAAGUUGAAAUGGAUGAAAUUAACAGCAGCGCUGAAUCCUUGCAAUUCGACUUCAGCACCAUUAGAGUUGCUACAGACAACUUUUCCGAUGUAAACAAACUUGGGCAAGGUGGAUUUGGUACUGUUUACAAGGGAAAGUUUCCAAAUGGACAAGAAAUAGCUGUGAAAAGGCUUUCUAGGAGUUCGGAACAAGGUGAUCAAGAAUUUAAGAACGAGAUCUUAUUAGUUGCCAAGCUUCGGCACAGGAAUUUAGUAAGGCUCCUAGGUUUCUGCUUUGAAGGAAAUGAAAGGCUUCUUGUCUAUGAGUUUAUGCCGAAUGCAAGCCUUGACCACUUCAUAUUUGGUACGAUUACAUUUUUUCAAGUUGCAUGUAUGUUCCAACACACAUGGAUAUAUAUAUUUAUAUGUAUAUAUAUUUGUCCUAUAACCCCAUAUAUAUGCUUAAUUGAAUGUGUAGAUCCAAGCAAGCGUUUACAUUUGGAUUGGACAAUUCGAUACAAAAUUAUAGUUGGCAUUGCUCGAGGGCUUCAAUAUCUUCACGAAGAUUCUCAAUUUCGCAUUAUUCAUCGUGAUCUCAAAACUAGUAAUGUUUUGUUAGAUGAAAAGAUGAACCCAAAAAUUUCAGAUUUCGGUAUGGCAAGAUUGUUUACACUAGAUCAAACUCAGGCUAAUACAAGGAGAAUUGUUGGGACCUAUGGAUAUAUGGCUCCCGAGUAUGCAAUGCACGGACACUUUUCAGUGAAGUCCGAUGUCUUUAGCUAUGGCGUGUUAGUUUUGGAGAUGGUGUGUGGGCGAAAGAACAAUUAUUUCCAAAAUGGGGAGAAUAUGGAGAAUCUUCUUAGCCAUGCAUGGAAAAACUGGAGAGAAGGAACAGCUUCAAAUCUUAUAGAUUCAACAUUGAGGGUUGGUUCAAUGACCGAAAUAAUGCGAUGCAUCCACAUAGGAUUGCUAUGUGUUCAAGAGAACGUAGCUGAGAGACCGACAAUGGCUUCAGUCCUCCUAAUGCUUACUAGUUACUCUAUGGCUCUGUCCAUUCCCUCACGACCUGCAUUCUUAAUGCAAAGCAUCGUUGAAUCAGACAUGUCGUCAGACCGAUCAUUCCAAGCUUCAGAAAAUGAGGCUUCAAUGACUGAUCCUUAUCCUCGUUAAUCCUUGAUCGAUCAUGCCUUCGGAAAAGAAGAUUGAUCAAUAUUUGUUCAUUUGUAGCUUGUAGUUAUAUGCUACGUACGUUCGUACAAGCUUAAUUGAGAUGUACGUACAUACGUCAAAUAAGAGAUGUAGAUCGAGGCACCUCUGUCGAAGCUUCAACAGAUGCAUGAGGACUCAAUUAUUGUUUUUUAGCUAUAUAUCCUCGUUAGUAUUUUAUAGGAGUUGUAAUUUAGAGCACAACUGAUCAUAUAUUCGACACUUCUAUGAUUUGGAUACUUGAUAUUUCAAAAAAGGCACCUGCACGACGAUUCUGAUCAAUGGUUGUGACCUUUAAUUGCAUGGUUACAAUUAAGCGCGUAAACAUUGUUAGAUCGAUCAAUGCAUUUUAAUGUAGUCGGACAGGCGCAAUAUUCUCUUUGGAGCAGUAAUGGAACAAAC